UUCGGACAAUCUUUCGGUCUCAGUUAGUUCCUACACUUUGAACGGCAUGGAACAGAUAAGGGGUGGUUAUUUUAGUGAGAAGAACGAUUUGUGGCCCGGGCAGUUUUUCUCACUCGAAGUCGAGAAGGUUUUGCACACCGAAAAGUCCGAAUAUCAAGAUAUUCUGAUUGUACAAACAACGCAUCACGGUAAAGCGCUAAUUCUAGACGGUCUCAUCCAAUGUACGGAACACGACGAAUUCGCCUACCAAGAAAUGAUAUCCUUCCUUCCGCUGUGCGCGCACGAAAACCCUGCGAAAGUACUGAUCGUCGGCGGCGGCGACGGCGGCGUCGCUCGCGAAGUCAGCAAGCAUCCUCUCGUUCAAAGUGUUGUGCAGGUCGAAAUCGACGCGCGAGUGAUUGAGGCGAGCAAACGGUACUUGCCGAGCAUGUCGGUCGGUUUCUCCUCGCCCAAACUGACGCUGAACGUAUGCGACGGUUUCGAGUAUAUGAGAAAUCACAAGGGAGAGUUCGACGUGAUCAUAACCGAUUCGAGCGAUCCUAUCGGACCAGCAGUCAACUUGUUCACAAAAUCGUACUUCAAGUUGCUGAAGGAGGCGCUUAAGCCGGAUGGCAUUGUGUGCUCCCAGGGUAGCAGUUUGUGGUUGAGUUUGGAGCACGUCAAGGGGACGAUGCAGAAUUGUAGGCAGCACUUCGACACGGUCAAGUUUGGGGUGGCGAACGUGCCGAGUUACCCCACGGGCCAGAUCGGCUUCGUCAUCGGCGCUUUGGGUGAAAAUCGUCCUCUGGAGUCUCCCACGCUUACGUUCACCGACGAGGAAAUUGCAAGAAUGAAGCUUCGAUACUACAAUGGCGACGUACAUCGGGCUGCAUUUGUACUACCAACUUUCGCUAGGAAUGCUCUAUACAAAUGAAGACUGAUGUUUUAUUUCUCACUCUUAAAUAUGUACAUUCAGAACUUUUUACACGUAUAAUGAAAUGUUCUAAUAUUUAGCGAUGUCAAAAAUAAUAGUAGUGCGGGCAAGGCAAGGCGGCGCAGCUGUCUCAAGUGUUGAAUGGUUCCAGGUUUUAUAAAUUGCUUCCAAAUAUAUUGACCAAGUUUACGUUUA